AUGGCUAGUAGUAUAUUGAAGGGAUUAGAUAGGAUAAGCGAAAUACCAGAUCCUUUGAUAUGUCAGAUACUCUCUCAUCUCUCCACAAAGGAAGCUGUUAGCACAAGCGUUUUGUCCACAAGAUGGAGGAGCCUCUGGCUUUGGGUUACUAGUUUGGAUCUUUGCUCCGAACGUGUCCUAGAUUUCAAUGCCUUCAUGAGUUUUGGCUACAGGUUCUUCGAUUCCAUUAGGGUUUCUUGCAUACACAAAGCCAAGUUAAAUAUUGGUGAAAAUAAAUUAUAUGGUGACGAUUAUCUCACUUGGUGGAUUGAUGCAUUAGUUAAGAGGAAGAUUCAACAUCUAGACGUUAGAUAUGAUUCAGAGCGUGAGUACUGCGAGAUGCCCCUGAGCUUGUAUACAUGCAAGACACUGGUUUACUUGAAACUCUUUCAGGUGAGCUUCCGUGAUGCCGAGUUAUCAAAGCUUAGCAUCGCCGGCUCAGUUUCCUUACCGUGUCUUAGAACUAUGCAUUUAGAAAGUAUUUUUUAUCCCACUGAGGCCACUUUCGAGGGACUUGUCUCAUCCUGUCCCGUCUUGGAGGAACUGACGGUUGUUGGGUGUGAAACUGCUGGUGCAACAGUCUUUCGGGUGUCCUCUAGGUCACUGAAUAAGCUCGUGAUAAACUUACAGUUUCGUAGGUAUAAUGUUGUUGGUUCACAAGUUGUGAUUGAUGCUCCUCUACUAGGGUUUUUGAGCAUCGAAGAUGACUUGUCAGAUAGCUUUAUAGUAAAGAAUAUGCAUCCCAAUGCCAAGUUAGAUAUUUGGCUCGCCUUUGGUUUGUUGGAGUUUGAGGAAGCAAACGUGUUAAGCAAGGCAAGUAUGAUCCGUGAAUUUCUCCCGGGAGUUUCAGGGAUCAAGGAGAUGAUCAUAUGGUGCGACACCUUCAAGGCCAUCUCUCUGUACUCGAAACUUGAACCGGUGCCUCGAUUUCGUAACUUGUCCUUGCUGGUUGCUAAUCUCUACUCAACUGAUAUGAAGUGGUUACCAACAUUUCUCGAGAUCUGCCCGGUCCUGAAAUCUCUCAUCUUGGAAUGGUUUGGUGAUUAUGAGGAGAUGUGUUCCGAUUAUAUGAAUCAAAUAAGUUUUUCCUCUGUGCCAGAGUGCUUGUCAUCGUCGCUUGAGUUUGUCGAUAUCAAAAGCAGCGUCUCGGGACAUGUUGCAGAAAUUAAGCUAAUAAGGUACUUGCUAGAGAGCUCUGCUAUCCUCAAGAAACUGACAUUACGUCUGAAUUGUUGUGCAAAACAAAAUGUCAUCUUUAAGAGCCUCCUCAAAAUCCCAAGACGUUCUGUCACGUGUGAAGUCGUCGUACUUCGAUUGAAAGACUAG